AGUUCAGACGUACGCCAAGCUUUUUAAAUCGACCGUUCAGGAUCAACACAUUUUAUCGAACACAAUUAAGGGAAAAUGUCUCAAGAGCCGAGAUGCUACAACAGAAUGACGCGACCCGCUGUGAGAAGGGAAAACCACCGAACUUCACAGCGCAGGGGCCCGCCUGUGCACCCGUAUGUUUUACACAUGGAAAUCCAAAGGCUGCACUGUAUUCUGGAAAAGGAGAGAUCCCAAAGGUUUCAAGACAGCAAAAAACUGUCCCUCCUGAAGGCAAAGCUGGAAGAGACGAAUAUCCAGUUAAAAAGGCAGAAAGCUCUCAAAGAAAUGUUUAUCAACAGGGACAAAGAGACACAGAAGAAACUGGAGAGAGUAGAGCAGUUUAGUGAUCCUGGAGUCCUUAACGCUGCCGUCCUUGCUGCCCAGGUUCACAACACCGUGAAACACAAGAAUAAGAAGAUGCUGCAAAAAGACUUUGAGGAAUUAAAGGUGGCCCUCCUCCUCAGCCAGGAAGCAUUAUCGUCACAAAUCCAGGCUGAAAAAGACAAAAAUAAGGUCCUCCAAGAAGAACUGGACAAAGUCCAGACUUCCUACAAGGAGCUUUGCUCUAUGUAUGAAGCCGACGAGGCCGAGACGCAAACGGUUUGUGAGGAGCAGGAGCUUCUUGGGAAUCUGGGAACCGAAAGGGACAAAAUGUUUCAGAAAGUGUCAGAAGAGAUCGCAUUUCUCCAAAACAGUUUCCAGGAAGAACUGGAGCAGAUCAAACUUUCAUACAGAGAACUGGACUGUAGGCAUGACGAAGAUGUUUCUGGACUGACACAAAAAGUGGAAACGCAGGAGGUGAGGUUUGAGAAUGACGUGAAUUUGGGAAAAGCAAUUGAGAACCUGACAGCUGAGAAGGAAGGUCUCGUCCCAAAAAUGUCAAAAGAGAUUACACCUUCUGAGAAGAGGGAGAAAGAAAUGCUAAAUGAACUAGACCAGGUUAAAGUUUUAUACCAAAAGCUGAAAACUAAGUAUGAAACGGAUGUAGCUGAGUUACAACAACAGGCUGAAACAUAUUGUCAGAAGAUAAAGUUAAAUAAAGUCGCUAAUUUAAAGAGAGCAAAGGAAGACAAAAAGCUUAUCGAUGAGCUGCGUGCGGAGCUGGACAAUCGGGCCCAGGAGGUCGCACGUCUGGAAAAUGUACGGAAACAGAAUCUGAGCGAACUCGAUCGGGUUAAAGUUUCACACCAAGAAAAGACCACCACGUAUGAAAAAGUUGUUUCCGAACUGAAAACCCAAGUAGAAACAUAUCGGGAUGCGGUAGAUCGCGAGAGAAAAGCCAAUUUGGAAAGAGCAGAGAAGUACCUCCAGCAAAUCAACACCCUGAAAGCUGAGAAGGAACAUCUCUGUGAAGAAAUGUCCAUCGAGGUCCAGAAUCUGCAGCAGAAGUUCAACAUGAUCGCCGAACAUUUCAAGUAUCAUAUGGGCCAGUGUGAAACAAACCUUUCUGCACUGCAGAAAACUACAGCUGCAAAUAGUUUGGGAGAAGAACGCCCACUUGGAGAAAUCAAAGAAGUUUCCCCCAAAUUAACCAACUAGAAAACAGAUCCGUCCAGAGCCAAUUGAAAAAUCAUUCGAAGAUGAAUUUGAAUAAACAUAAAGUGAGCUGCUCUGGUUAGCACUGCAGCUUCACAGAGAAGAUGCGUCAAGUGUUUGCUGUGGAGUUGGCAUGUUCUCCUCGUGCUACCCUGGGUUUUCUCCGGGUGCUCCGGUUACACCCACACAUCUAGAAACAUGUAGGGCAGCUCAAUGUA